UCGCUUCAGCAACUAGGAAGCGCCACGCGCAGUCCCAGCCUACUUCAUCGUCCGCGCGCAGCGAACGACUGUGCCACCGGCCCGCGAGGAGCUGGUACUCUGCGCGCUUUCAUCCAGCCGCUCUUGCAGAUGUAAGACACCAGUAAAAACCGGAGCUUUCGGCGGGAGGAGACUCUGUCGUCGCUUCAGCGCCAUGGAGGACUGCUGUUCCCCGGAAAACGAAAGGAUGGAAGCGUGGCUUGACGACCACUUGGAAUUCACCCACUCCUACUUUGUCAAGAAGGCGUCAAGGGAGAUGGUGAAUGCCUGGUUUGCUGAGCGUGUCCAUACCAUCCAGCCAUCUGUGUCUAAAGAAAACUCUUCACAGCAGCGGACCCACCAGUCCUCUUCAGAUCUUUGUCCCUCUUCCAAUUCCACUAUCCUCCCUUCAGCCCUUAUCCUCCUGGACAACCGCUGUCCCUCCCCAGCCACUGUCCCCAGCCCAGCUCCUGGUACACCAACUCGAAAAAUCUCAGCAUCAGAGUUUGACCGCCCACUAAGACCCAUUGUGGUUAAAGACUCAGAGGGGUCCCUUACAUUUGUGAGUGACUCAGAACGGGAACCCGUCCCUUUCUGUGGUUCAGUGAUGGGGGAUGGUGGUGUCAGGGCGGGUUGUGGUGGUGAUGGUAGAGGUUGGAUGGGUGACCGCUGCACCAGGCUGCUGGAGCUGGUAAAGGAAGUCUCAAGUCAUCUGGAUGUGACGGCGCUUUGCCAUAAGAUCUUCCUACACAUCAAUGAGCUGAUUGCUGCAGAUCGAUACUCACUCUUUCUGGUGGGUGAGGAUAGCUCCAACAGGAAGUUCUUGGUCAGCCGGCUGUUUGACGUUGCUGAAGGCUCCACGUUGGAAGAAUCAUCCAGUAGCUGCAUCCGACUAGAGUGGAACAAGGGGAUAGUUGGGCACGUAGCUUCCACAGGACAACCACUCAAUAUCAAGAAUGCAUAUGAGGACCCAAGAUUCAAUGCAGAAGUUGACUUGAUCACAGGCUACAAAACCCAGAGUAUCCUUUGUCUGCCCAUCAAGAACCAAAGAGGAGAGGUUGUUGGAGUGGCUCAGGCUAUUAACAAGAAAUGUGGAGAGGAUGGUGCCUUCACUGAACAGGAUGAGAAGGACUUCUCAGUCUAUCUGGCCUUUUCAGGCAUCGUUCUGCACAAUGCACAGCUGUACGAGACCUCCCAGCUGGAAAACAGACGCAAUCAGGUGCUGUUGGACCUGGCCAGCCUGAUCUUUGAGGAGCAGCAGUGUCUGGAAGUUUUGUUACGGAAAAUUGCCGGAACUAUCCUGUCCUUCUUGCAGGCUCAGGCCUGCACUGUCUUCAUUGCUGAUGAUGACUCAAUGAAUUCCUUCUCCAGUGUGUUUCACCUGGAAAAUGAGGAGCUGGCUGAAGUCCUGAAUGCUCCCAAAAGAGACUGUGAUGUCAGUCAGAUAAACUACAUGUACGCUCAGUAUGUCAAAAACACCAUGCAGCCUCUUAACAUCACUGAUGUCACCAAAGACAUGCGCUUCCCCUGGACGAGUGAAAGCCCUGAUUCCUCCAGCAGCCGGAUAAAAAGCUUGCUCUGCACUCCCAUCAGGAAUGGCAAAAAAGACAAAGUCAUAGGAGUGUGCCAGUUGGUGAACAAAACAGACGAAACAUCAAGCUGCAUCAAGGCAUUCAACAGAAACGAUGAGCAGUUCCUGGAAGCAUUUGCCAUCUUCUGUGGCCUCGGCAUUCAGAACACACAGAUGUACGAAACAGUGGAGAGAGCCAUGGCCAAACAAGAGGUCACUCUGGAGGUUUUGUCGUAUCAUGCUUCUGCCACUGAGGAGGAAACCCAGGAACUCCAGGUAACAGCGAUGGCCACAGUUCCUUCAGCACAGUCGCUGCGUCUGCUGGACUUCAGCUUCAGUGACUUUGACUUGUCAGACACUGAAACUACCUUUGCUACUAUCCGCAUGUUUGUUGACCUCAACCUGAUCCAGAACUUCCAGAUGAAGUACACAGAUGUAUGCCAGUGGGUUCUGAGUGUUAGGAAGAACUACAGAAAAAAUGUGGCCUAUCACAACUGGAGACAUGCAUUGAACACGGCUCAAUGCAUGUUUGCUCUUCUCAAGUCAGGACGCUUACAGAAUAACCUGAGUGAUCUGGAGAUCUUGGCUCUGAUGAUUGCAACUCUCUGCCAUGACCUGGACCACCGAGGAGUCAACAACUCCUAUAUACAAAGGAGUGACCACCCACUGGCCCAGCUCUAUUGCCACUCUACCAUGGAGCAUCACCACUUUGACCAAUGCCUCAUGAUCCUCAACAGUCCUGGAAACCAGAUCCUCAGUGGUCUCUCUUUGGUAGAGUACAAGACCACUCUCAAGAUGAUUGAGAAGGCAAUACUGGCCACGGACCUCGCCCUGUACAUGAAAAGACGAGAACAGUUCUUUGAGCUCACCAAGAACAACCAGUUUGUUUGGGAGGACGACAAUCACAGGGACCUUCUGAGAUCAAUGCUGAUGACUGCAUGUGACAUCUCUGCCAUCACUAAACCCUGGCCGGUGCAAAAAAGGAUAGCAGAGCUGGUGGCCACUGAAUUCUUUGAACAGGGGGACAAGGAGCGUCGGGAACUUAACAUUGAGCCUAUUGACCUGAUGAAUCGUGAGAAAAGAGAUAAGAUACCCAGCAUGCAGGUUUCCUUUAUUGAUGCCAUUUGCAUUCAGUUAUAUGAGACCUUGGCUGGCUUGUCAGAGCACUGCUGCCCUCUGCUGGAAGGGUGUCAGAAAAACCGACAACAUUGGAAGCGUUUGGCUGAGGAUUGUGAGAAAGGCCUGGUCAAUGGUAUGGUGUGAUCCCAACUACAGUUUGGCUUCCAGCAAACACCAAAACCCAGGAUUCUCUCAGUGUAACCCAGACUCACUAAACUUUCAUAAUUAGCAUGAUACUGAGAACAUGUUAUGUUCUCAGUAUCAGGUCUCAGAGUUCAUGUGGUUUUUCACCAAGCAAAUUUCCCACAUCUGGCACUGCAGCCGUGCAACAAGUACCUAAGCUAAAAGUUCUGAUUUGUUCCAUUCACCUUGGAAGUUGGAGUUAAGAUCUGAGAAUGUCACUCACAAUUGAACCAUUUUUCAGUUGCAAGUCAGAAAACCAGUAGGAUUUGUUCAUUGCUGUGCUAACGACAGUUAGCAGGACAAACUGAAAAUGUAUUUCUCAACAUUUUUUACCACUGAAACUUGUUCAACAUGUUCACUAAUACAGUUCAUACAGUUCUAUA